AUGGCUCCUGUGAUGUGACAGUUUGCUAUUUCGAUGAUGCGUGGUAUCUGUGGAUUAGGUGAAAAAUAAAAAGUAUAUAAACUUUUGGGUAACGUCGAGUUUAUGUAACAGUGCAACAAUGUCUGGUUAUACUGGCCAGGAAAAUUACUGGGAACAACCGUACCCAGCCCAACAAAAUUUCGAUUCCUCUGGCUUCGAGCAACCUAACCAACAAUUCGAAUUUCAAACAUAUAGCGACCAACAAUCCGAUAAUUAUUCUUUGUAUGGUCAGAAAAGUUAUCUGAGCAAUAGUCAAAAUGCGUACAGAGAUGGUAUGUACGACCAGGAUGAUUUUACAAAAACAGGUUCCAACGGAUUUGUGGACGAGGAGGAGGAACCGCCGCUUUUGGAAGAACUAGGCAUAGAUCCCGAUCGAAUAUUACAGAAAACAUUGGCCGUUUUGAAUCCAUUUCACAGAAGAGGACAAAUCGACGAUGCAAAUUACUUGCUGCAAGAUUCUGAUUUGGCUGGACCAGUGUCAUUUUGCUUAGUACUCGCGGCGUUUCUUUCCAUAGCUGCCUCGAAGGCAUAUUUUGGUUACGUGUAUGGCUUAGCAGUGAUAUCGUGUAUAUUAAUGUAUAUUCUUUUGUCGUUAAUGAGCAAUACAAGCAAUAUCACAUUAUCAGCUGUAGCAUCUAUUCUGGGGUACUGUUUAUUACCUGUGGUAGCACUCGCCGGUUUAAGUAUUUUUAUUAAACUACAAGGCUCUAUCGGACUACUUGUUGCUAUACUUGCUGUUGCUUGGGCAACACUUUCCGCAUCCAGAUUUCUUUCUACUAUAUCCGGAGAACAAAACCAACGCCUCCUCGUUGCUUAUCCUUGUGCUCUUUUAUAUGGCACCUUUACAUUGAUAGUGAUAUUCUAAUAAAAUCUAAGGAACUUGUUUGAAUUAAAUUUUUUCAUAUAAAUAGCCUUGUUCCAUUAAAUACUUGCAGCAUAUGAAUGAUAUCUCCUCCUGAAAAGCUUUUGAUUUAUGUAAAAAGUUUUAUAUGGAUAUAAUAAUAAAGAGCAGCACUCCCAUUCUAAUUCGAUACUUUUAUAAUCAUUGAUCGAUAUGUGAACUAUCAUCAUUUCAGUCUAUUCAAUUUAUUACAAAUAUAUUCAAAGUACAUAAUAGCGUGGAUGUAUCUAUGUAGUAACACGAUUUAUACUUCAUAUGUAUCAUAUUUUAAAAUAUACCAUAAUAGUUUUGUGUAUUUGAUUA